AUAUAAAUAUCUUCUUUCACUUGACAUUUUUUACUUGAAAUUUUUUUAGAGAUUUUAUCUUUUUUAUCUAUCCUACAACAAAGAAAAGCGACGAAUUCUACCAACGUUUUUAUAAACAUUUUGUUUUAAUUUAAUUUAAUUUAAUUUAAUUUAAUUUAAUUUAAUUUAAUUUAAUUUAAUUAAUUUCAGCUUUUUAUUUCUCUAUAUCAUACCAUAUCACAAUCGCAUCAAAUUGAAUUGCACUAUUUAUUUUACUGAUUUUUUAAUUCUAUAUUCUCAUUUCCUAUAAAUAAUCACUGAUUUCUCAAAAUGACUGCCGAAAAUACUACUUACAAAAAAGUUGGAGAAUCAAUUCCACAACCAAGACAAGUGAAUCCUUAUGGGCCAAAUCCCGCUGAUUAUUUAUCAAACGUCUCGAAUUUCCAACUAAUUGAAUCAACUCUUAGAGAGGGUGAACAAUUUGCUAAUGCGUUCUUCACAACUGAAAAAAAAAUCGAAAUUGCUAAAGCCUUGGAUGAUUUUGGUGUUGACUAUAUCGAACUAACAAGUCCUGUUGCCUCUGAACAAUCAAGAAAAGAUUGCGAGAGCAUUUGCAAAUUGGGCUUGAAAGCAAAAAUAUUAACUCACAUCAGAUGCCACAUGGACGAUGCAAGAGUAGCUGUUGAAACUGGUGUCGAUGGUGUAGAUGUCGUUAUUGGUACUUCCCAGUUUUUAAGACAGUACUCCCAUGGUAAAGACAUGCAGUACAUCACCAACUCUGCAAUUGAAGUGAUUCAAUACGUCAAAUCCAAAGGCAUAGAAAUAAGAUUUUCAUCUGAGGACUCAUUCAGAUCUGAUAUUGUUGAUUUACUAAAUAUUUACAAAACCGUUGAUAAAAUCGGUGUGAAUAGAGUUGGUAUUGCUGACACUGUUGGAUGUGCUAAUCCAAGACAGGUUUACGAUUUGGUUCGUACUCUUAAAUCCGUUGUGCACUGUGAUAUCGAAUGCCAUUUCCACAACGAUACUGGAUGUGCUAUAGCUAAUGCUUACACUGCAUUGGAAGCUGGUGCAAGAUUAAUCGACGUUUCAGUUUUGGGCAUUGGUGAAAGAAAUGGUAUCACUCCAUUAGGUGGGUUGAUGGCAAGAAUGAUUGCUGCUGACAGAGAAUACGUUUUAUCCAAAUACAAACUACACAAACUAAGAGAUAUCGAAAACUUGGUCAGUGAAGCAGUCCAGGUCAAUAUUCCAUUUAACAACCCAAUCACAGGUUUUUGCGCUUUUACUCACAAAGCUGGUAUUCAUUCCAAAGCCAUAUUGGCCAAUCCUUCCACCUACGAGAUUUUAAAUCCAAGCGAUUUUGGUUUGACUAGAUAUAUCCAUUUUGCUCACAGAUUAACUGGAUGGAAUGCUAUUAAAACUAGAGUUGAACAAUUGAACUUGAAAUUAACCGAUCAACAGUGCAAAAUAAUUACAAGCAAAGUCAAAAGUUUGGCUGAUAUCAGACCAUUGAAUAUCGAUGAUGUCGACUCUAUUAUCAAAGACUACCACGCCGACAUAAAUACUCCCCAGAUAUUUCCAAAAUCUGCUGCUAAUGGUACUGCUGAUAUUAUCGAUGAAGAUAUAUCUAUCGCUGAUGGUCCAGCUCCAAAAAGAGCUAAAGUGAAUGGCCAUUAAACAAAUCAAUUUAAUGAGAAAACAAUCAAAUUAAAAAAAAAUAGAGAAUUAAAUAGAAAAAAUAGAAAAAAUAGAAAAAUGGGUUAGCAAAAAAAUUUAAUGGUCAAUGUCGAGAAACAUUUUGUUUAUUUCCUUAUAUUAGUCACUUCACUUCUUGGUUUUUUGUUUAUUAGAAAAUAAUCUUUUACCGUCUAUAUUCAUAUUUGUAUAGAUAUAUACUGAAACUGCAAAGCAAUAAAAUAAGCUGUUGCUUUUGGGUAUUUUCCUUCCUGUACUUUCCCUGCUCCUCGCCUCUCAUUGGCUGGAACAGAACAAAGGUCUAGACCCAGUCGAAAAACAAAAACGUAUCCACAGAAACGGGUUGGAUCCACAGUAAU